AUGGCGGAAAGUGUGGAGGUCCGUCCUGUGACAGACGAUAAUAGAGAGGUAAAGAACGGAGAAAAAGGUGGAAAAGUAAAUUUUGUUAUGGUUUUAGCAGUUCUACGACCUCUAUAAUCUCCUUUGCCCUCAAGGUGUCCCAAAAAUAAUAUCCAAAGCAAUUCCCGCGACGUUUUAUGUUCGUUUAGCCUUUGUAAAGAGCCGACCGGUCGGAUUGAUAUGCAUAGACACGGAUUGUCGUUUUGAAGACAACAGUAUACCAGAGGCAUCGCCUUAUUUGUUGUUUUUGGGGGUCAAGCCAAUGUUUCGAAUGUAAGUUUGAAAAUAAUUGAUUAGAAAUAUGUUUUUUUUGUUGUUUAUAUUCUAUUAUAAGUCUUGAUGAUUGUCUCUGUUUAGGCAAGGGAUUGGUUCUCGACUUCUCAACACUUCUGUAAAUGAUUUAUCUGCAGAUGGUCAUAGUGCAAUUUAUCUUCAUGUUCAGGUAAGAAGAUGCAAAUUUCAAUUAAUUUGCUUUUAGAAAGAUAACGAGCCGGCUAUCAGCAUAUAUAGGCAGCACAAAUUCAAACACAUUGCCACGAUUCCACAUUAUUAUCGGCGAAUGGAAUGUGAAGACGCUUGGAUCAUGAUGUGCAACUUGAAGUGUUAA